GCACAUUUCAUUUCCACCCCAGCCCCUGCCGCGCGAGCCAGAGAGCAAGCCGCCACUGUGGGGAAGGAAGCACGGAGAGAGACGGGGGUGGCACGGCACGGCACGGCACAGCACGGCACAGCACGGCACGGCACGCCUGCCCGGGCAGGGUACUGACUGCCUCACCAUGGCCCCUGGUGCCUUGAAGACGAUGUGGAGCAGCUUGGAGAGGGCCCUGACCAGCCUCUGUGCCAUCCUGCUCUGCUGCGGCCCCAUGCUGGCCGGCUGCCGUCAGGUGACCUUCUUCCCAGCCAUGUUAACUCUCCCUGCAGGUGGCUCAGCCACCUUCUUCUGCAACAUCUCCAUGGAGAGCGAGUCUGGCUUGGAGUACAGCCUCAAUUGGUACAAAGACACCAACGACAACCAAGCCCAAAAAAUUGCUGAGAUCAGCCCGAACAGCUACCAGACAAAGAUGGACAAGUACUUGGUCACCAACCACACUCCUGCCUUCAAGAUGGAGAUCCUGAACCUUCACCAGAAUGACUCAGGCUCCUACUACUGUGGGCUGAUCACCUUCUUUGAACCUGAUAAAGUGAUGGAGAGCAGCCGGUCACACUUAGUUGUCACAGCAGCUCCUGAGAAGACAAACACCACCGAUGAGCCCGAGAUGGAGGAAGGCAAUUCCCUGGACCACAUCAGGGUCGUGCUCCUGGGCAUCCUGCUGCUGGCUGGGGCAGUUGUACUGCUGAUCUUUGGCUACCUCACUGUCACAUACAGGAGAGGAGAUGUGCAGAAACCACCGAGUGAAAAUGCACCAGUGAAGGAAGAUAAGCCCCCCGUGGUGUCUGUGUCUACUGUGGACUACGGCGUGCUGGAGUUUCAGUGUGACCAGUGCACCCAGGUACCACCAGAGACCUGGCCGGUUGACCAGACUGAAUAUGCCACCAUUGUCUUCCCAGAGGAGAAACCCAUCACACCGAAGUGGGGGAAGAAACACCAGGAUGACAGGACUUGGGAGCUGCAGUCACAGCCCUGCUGAGGGCUGGGGUCCCCCAUUGCUGGGGGGUUGCAGGCAGGGACAGGCUGCCCCAGCCCCUCACUCCCACUGUAGUUUGCAGUUGGGAAAAAUCCAGCAUGCAAGGACCAGAGUGACAGAGGUGCCGCUGCUGGAGUUGAUAUUGCACAGUCCUGGCCACGGUGGGAUCGUGGCUGUGGGGUGGGUACCACGGGAUGGGGAAGGUCCCUGCUGGGCUCCCUGUGCCACCUCUUUGCUCAGGGCAGGAAGGAUGGGCUGGGGCAGAGCAGUGAUGCCGACAGGUCUGUGCCAAAGGUGAUUUACAUCAUGCCUCAGUUUUCCACCUCCACCCGGGGCUCUCUGGAGUGGCCACGCUGCUUCCCACACCGGGGUCUGACUCAGCCAGCAAAGCACGACUGCGGGAGGAAACGCUGGAGACCAGAGCCGGAGCAGAUCCUGGGAGACACUGCUUGUGGGACCCCAGAGCGAGGGCUUCUCCUCAUCCGGGGCACAGACUGUGUUGUAUACCACUAUUUAAAGAAACCCCUGUGAAACAGGUGGAUAGUUUUCCUCCUCUCUCCACGCACUUUCCUCCUCUGCAAGAGGGGAAAUCUACCCUCCCCCCGUGUCCCUCCCUCCAGAGGUGGGAGAUGGAUCUGGCCCUGAGGGGUGAAUAAAG